CGGACGGUAUAUUUAAACGAUAAGUCCGGGGUAACGGUCACACUGCAUCCCUAGGCAGCAGCGGCAGCUGCGAAAAAUUCUCAAUAAAUCAUACAAAUAUUUUGCGAAUACAGAAAUAUUUCCAGAUUUAAUCAUGGAGGAACUUCGCAAGCAUUUAUCAAAGGUCAACGUGAUCUGCGCCUCAGGCGCCAGCUCUCCGCCAGUGUACAAAGACGAGUGCGUCUAUUCAUACGACAACCCAGAGACGCCCACCGGCCUAUACGUGUGCCUGCACAGUUUCUUGGGCUUUGGCGAGGCUCAUGUGCGCGAAUAUGCCAGUAAGACUGGCAACGCGGUCUUCCUGCACAUCAAGCGUGAGAAGACGCUGAAAAAGGACGAGAGCGCAGAACAGGAGAAAAAGGAAGCCGCUGCCGAAGCCCCGCCAGAGAGUAAGAUCACACGCCUGGCCAUUGGGGUGGACGGCGGCUACAAUGAGACUGAUAUGGCCAAAAAGUAUGAGAUUAAGGACACCUACAGCAUUGUGGUUGCUCCCGAGCUGGACAAGAAGCUGCCCUAUCCCGAUCCCGAGCUGCCCAUUCGUGUGUCUCAGGCAAUCGAAGGCAUUCUGGCAGCGGACUCGGCAAUUUCCAAGCUGGAGAAGUCCACACUGAUGGGCACUUGGGAUGGUGAGGUCCGUCAGGCAUCCAAGUAUGCAGAAAACCUCGAGCAGCUAAAAAACGGCAAGAGGAUUCCGCCAUCCGGUUGGCAGUGUGAGAAGUGCGAUUUGACCAGCAAUCUCUGGCUGAAUCUAACCGACGGCUCAAUACUCUGCGGCCGCAAGUUCUUUGAUGGCAGCGGUGGCAACGAUCACGCUGUGGAGCACUAUCGCGUUACCAACUAUCCGCUGGCCGUCAAGCUGGGCACCAUCACCGCCGACGGCAAGUCCGAUGUGUUCUCCUACCCGGAGGACGACAUGGUCAUCGAUCCGCACCUGGAGAAGCAUCUCUCCCACUUUGGCAUCAAUAUGGCGGCCAUGAAGAAGAGCGAGAAAUCGAUGGUCGAGCUGGAGCUGGAGAUAAACCAGCGCAUCGGCGAAUGGUCGGCCCUGACCGAGAGCGAUAGUGAGCUGCAGCCUAUGGCCGGACCGGGAUACACAGGAAUGCGGAAUUUGGGCAAUAGCUGCUACAUCAACAGCGUGAUGCAGGUGCUCUUUGUCAUUCCUGACUUCCAGGAGCGUUUUGUCGGCACCGGGGCUGAGCGCUACUUUAGUGAGUUCCCCAGCGAUCCGGCGAACGACUUCAACAUACAGAUGGCCAAGCUGGGCAACGGCCUCCAGUCGGGCAAGUACAGCAGCAUCGUCGAGAACACACUGGACACGGAUAACUUGUCGGGCAUAUCGCCGGCCAUGUUCAAGAACAUUGUAGGCAAGAACCAUCCGGAGUUCAGUACCAAGCAGCAGCAGGAUGCCAACGACUUCUAUCUGCAUUUGCUUACGAUGCUCGAUCGCAAUUCGCGCAAUCAAUCGAAUCCGGCGGAUGCCCUGAAGUUCCUGCUGGAGGAUCGCGUGGAGUGCCUGGCCAGCCGCAAGGUCAAGUACAAGAAGCGCGAGGAGUACAGCUUCCGGCUGCCCAUACCGCUGGAGAAGGCCACCAAUCUGGAAGAGGUCAGGGAGUAUCAGGAGCGGGACCAGGCAGCCCGCGAGAGCGGACAGCGUCUCGUCGAUCGCGACAUUGUCCGUCACAAGGUGCCGCUGCGGGCCUGCCUGGAGCGCUUCUUCGGCACGGAGCUCAUCGAGCAGUUCUACUCGACGGCCAUCAAUGGCAAAACGAACGCAGAGAAGACCACACGCAUGGCCACCAUGCCCGACUUCCUCAUGAUCCAUCUGGGAAAGUUCACGCUGGGCGACGACUGGGUGCCCAAGAAGCUGGACGUCUCCGUGGACAUGCCCGACGAUCUGGAUCUGAGCGCCUGGAAGUCCACCGGCGGUGGCCUAAAGCCUGGUGAGGAGCCACUGCCCGAACCGGCCGCCGAGCAGCCCAAAUUCACGUUCGACGAGGCGGUCAUGUCGGAGUUGCUUAAUAUGGGCUUUCCCCAUGAGGCCUGCAAGCGGGCCUGUUUCCACACCAAGAACAGCGGCCUGGAGGCCGCCUCCAACUGGCUAAUGGAGCACAUUGCCGACGAGGACAUCUCCGAUCCGUUUGAGGUGCCCAACAAUAGCAUCGGCGACUGCGCCAGCGAGCAGUUUGUGGCCAAUCCGGAAAGCCUGGCUAUGCUCAUGAGCAUGGGAUUCGAUGAACGCCAGGCCGUGGCCGCCCUCAAGGCCACCGACGGGAAUGUGGAGCGUGCCACAGACUGGAUCUUCUCGCAUGCCGACAGCAUCCCCAUGGACGAGACCCCGGCCGUGGCAACACCGGCGACCUCUGCUCCUUCCACUUCUGCCGCCGCCAACUAUCGUGACGGCACGGGCAAGUACAAGCUGGUGGCUUUCAUAUCGCACAUGGGCACCUCGGCCCAGGUGGGCCACUAUGUCUGCCACAUCCGGAAGAACGGCGAGUGGGUCAUCUACAACGACACCAAGGUGGCCAAGUCGCAGAAUCCACCCAAGGAUCUCGGCUACUUGUAUCUGUACAUGCGCGAUGAGUAG